GGAGCCCGGGGGCGCGGAUCGGGGACGGCAGCGAGGUGGCAGAAGAGGAGGAAGAGCAGGAGGAAGAGGAGGAGGAAGAAGAGGAGAGCGCGGCGCGCCGGGCAGAGCUGUGCGCUCCCCGCGUCCGCAGGAUGAAGAUGGUCAGUGUCCUGCUGGCUUCACUCUGGCUGUCCAUGGUCACCCUUGGCAGAGGCUCAGAGCGCUGCGAUGACUGGGGUGUGGACACCAUGAAGCAGAUCCAGAUUUAUGAUGGGGAGCCUGCCAAGAUCAAAUGCCCACUUUUUGAGACCUUCUUGAAGUACAACUAUAGCACAGCCCAUUCUGCUGGCUUGACCCUGAUCUGGUACAGGAUCGCCCAGGACCGGGAUCUGGAGGAGCCCAUCAAUUAUCGUCUCCCAGACAAUCACAUCAGUAAAGAUAAAGACACCCUUUGGUUCUGGCCUGCUCUUCUCAAUGACACUGGGAAUUACACCUGCAUGCUCAGGAACACAACCUACUGCAGCAAAGUUGCUUUUCCCUUGGAGGUUGUUCCAAAAGAUCAGCACUCUUGUGUGAGCCAUUCCAUAAAACCCACUGAGGAGAUGUUCUACUUGGAGCACGCCAAUCAGAAGAUCACAUGUCCAGAUAUUGAUGGGUUUUACCCUGCCAGUGUGACACCAACUGUCAAGUGGUACCUGGACUGCAUCUCGGUGGAUGGCUUCUAUGAGCGAUACCCCCAAGGGCCCAGGCUUGUCAUUGCCAUUGUCCGCAGUGCGUACAAAGGGAAUUACACUUGCAUUGUGACCUUCAAGGACCACGGGAGAACCUAUAAUCUCACCAGAACCGUAAAGAUGAAGGUGGUGGGAUCUCCAAACAAGGCCUUGCCACCACAGUUCACCUCUCCAAAUGAGAAAGUUGUGUAUGAACUGGAAGCAGGUGAUGACCUUAUCCUGCCCUGUGAGGUUUUCUUCACAUUCCUGAAGGACUCCCGGACUGAGGUGUGGUGGACCAUAGAUGGGAAAAACACAGAUGACAUCACAGACCCCAAGAUAAAAGUCACACAAAGUGAAAUUACAAGAGAUUUUGAAGACAAAACUCUGAUAAGGACUCUAACAGUUGCAAAAGCCACAGCAGAGGAGCUGAGAAGGAAUUACACUUGCUUUGCCAGGAAUGCCAAAGGCGAGGAGCGCAGCCAGGCCGUAGUGCGCAUGAAAGUUGUAGCACCCAAGUACACUGUGGAGCUGGCCUGUGGCCUGGGGGCCACCAUCCUGCUUGUUGUGGUGCUCAUCGUCAUCUAUCACGUGUAUUGGCUUGAAAUGGUCCUCUUCUAUCGGGCUCAUUUUGGAACAGAUGAAACCAUUCUAGAUGGGAAGGAGUACGAUGUGUACGUGUCCUACGCGCGCAACGCGGAGGAGGAGGAGUUUGUGCUGCUGACGCUGCGGGGAGUCCUGGAGAACGAGUUUGGGUACAAGCUGUGUAUCUUCGACAGAGACAGCCUCCCUGGGGGAAUUGUCACAGACGAAACUCUGAGCUUCAUCCAGAAAAGCCGACGUCUGCUUGUUGUCCUGAGCCCCAACUACGUCUUGCAGGGGACACAGGCCCUGCUGGAGCUCAAGGCUGGCCUAGAGCAUAUGGCCUCCAGGGGCAACAUCAAAGUCAUUCUAGUGCAGUACAAAGCCAUCAAGAAGAGCAAAGUGAAGGAGCUGAAGCAGGCCAAGGCGGCCUUGAAUGUCAUUAAGUGGAAAGGCGAGAAAUCCAAGUUCCCAAAGGGCAGGUUCUGGAAGCAGCUGCAGGUGGAAAUGCCAGUGAAAAAAAUUAGCAGGAGUUUAAGCCUUGAUGGGUUGAUGCAUAUCCCUGAAAAAUGUUUGACACAGUCAGAAAACAAACCAAAACACACCACAAAAUUCCACAAGUUAGGCCAGGGAGUGGGUAGGAACUCAGGGUUUUUUCCAUGAAGGACCAUGUCCUUAGCAUUUCAGAGGAUAGUCAUGUUUUCCCUGCAGCUUUGAUAUUGCUCUGUCAGUAUAGAGACCAAAGAUGCAAACACCUGCUCUCUGCAAAUGUAUGCCCUUGUUAUCAACACAAGCCUCGGGCUUAAUGUGUAAAUUUGCUGUCCAGGUGGGAUGCAUCCAGCACCUUGUGAUAGUAUGGCCAGUACUCCUAGAUCCAGUUCCUAUGGGGCCUUCAUUAGCACCCAGGACAGAGCUUCUUUCCACUCCUUAGUGACUUCACUCCUUUCUAGUCCUCAGUCCCUGUUGCAGAGGCUGGGGAACAAUUUGCAAGGUGGCUCCAGUGUAGAGCCUUUCCUGCAUGUCCUGGGUUUGUAGUCCCAAUCAUUUGUGGGAUCACAGACUCCUGCUGCACUGUGGGAGCAGACCCUUGGAGCUCCUCAUCUUUGCUCCCCAAAUUUCCUUAGAAGCAGAUGCAUCCAGGUAAUUUGGCAAUGAGAAAUGGCCAUUACAGAAGCAUUAAAAAACCCCACAACUCUACUGGUUGUAUUGUAGCACAUCUAGUAACAAGUGGUCAGUGUCUGGGACUCUGCAGUCUCACAAGUACCCAGAUCCUUCGAGCUGCUUGUAAUCCAGGGAAAUCUCCCAUGAGUACAGGCCAUGGAGCAUGUGAGAGAUGUUUCUUUGUAGAGUAAACUCAGGGACUUCACAAGCACUACAAGGAACCCCAAUGUACUACUGAACCUGCCUACUGUCUCUGCCACUGGCGGGGGGAAAGCAUCAUGCAAGGAGCUCCCAGGGGCUUUGGGAUGACACUGGAUAGAAGUCCAACUCAGAAGGACACCCCACAAACUUACUUGAAUUUCCUAAAAACCACUAGUUCUGUCCAUGUAGGUAAGACUGUGAGGACAGGCUGAGAAACUUGGGGAUGUUGUUCCUGGAGAAGGCUCCUGGGAGACCUCUUUCAGUGCUUAAAGGGGGCUUAUAAGAAAAGUGGGGACAGACCUUUUAGUUGGGCCUUUUGUCAAGGCCAGGCUGGACAAGGCUGUGAGCAAUCUGAUCCAGUUGAGUAUCUCCCUGGUUAUUGCAGGGAGGGUGGCCUUUUAUGGUUCUUCCCAAUCCAAAUUAUUCUAUGAUUUUAUAAAGACUCUGUCUUCAGAGCCUACUUAUGAACAACAUCGCCAUUUCUAAUUCAGAGCUUAGGUUUAAACUAACUUUGGCUCUACAAAGCAAGACUCUCCCCAUCCUGAUUCCAGCCCAGAGCUGCAGAACAGAGGAUUUGUCUCAGCUUCUGCAACAUUUGCACAAAAUGGAGGCACAAAAACCCACUGUGUAGGCGUCCUUGCUGCAGCAAGAGAGGGUGUGGUGAGUUAACCCCAUCACACAGGUCACGCUGAGGAGGGGAGUUUCCUCUCUCUUGUUGGGCAGACCAAAACACAGUGGGGCCUUGGCGUUGACUGGUGCUAUGGCUCACAAUGUUUUCAAAUAAAACUUCAGGCUCUGAGGGUGUCUCCAUACUCCUGCAGCUCCUAGAGCAAGGACCUGCACACUUAGUUGUGGAGUUCAGUAUUACACGCACCAAGUGCAUGUUUAUUUUUAUUGGUGAUGGUUGCUCCUGAGUGACCUUUGACUCAUGCAUUCGUUCUGUUGGUGUCCAGUGGGUGAAACAUGAGCAUUCAUAAUGGCAUUAAAAAAGCACUACAAUUAGGAGUCUAUGCACUAUUCACCCAGGUGAGCUGGGAGCUUUGAGGGUGUCCCAGUGAAAAGCCCAGCUUUAAAGGCGUGGGACUGAAUCCUGGUGUCAGGGAAAUCUUUUGCCCUUAGCAUUUUAUGAUUAAUAAUGUUAUUCCAGGACCUCAGGGAGCUGCAGCCCCCCAUGCCCUUGGUCAGGUACUGUAUUUUGUGUUUAGGAAUGGUACCCCACAAUUCAGUGCUCCCCCUGAAACCAUGUGCUUCUCAUUUUCCCCCUCUCCCUCUCCCUGCAGAGAGGGGGAGAGGAGAAUCAGAGGCACAAAAGGUAAAGGUCCUGCUGUGAGAUAAGAAAAAUUUACUGGAAACAGGAAUGAGAUAAGAAAAUGAGCAUUAGUAACAAUACUGGUGAUAGAGGGUACAACAAACUAAAAAUUCUCAUGGAAAAACAAUUGACUAUAUCCAACAAUUCCUUCUGCUGCACUGCACUGGCCCAGCUGCACUGUGCUGGGACCUUUUCUCUCCAAGAGAGCCCCUUCCCCCCAUCCCUUGCUAAUGGUAUCAAACAACUUGAGUGUCCUGGACAUGCCCUCUCCUGACUACUGCAAAAGCUAACCCUGUCCUGGCCAGAACCAGGACACUGUACAAUGUGUAACACAUAGGGCUUCUUUCUUACCGUCCUCUUCAUCUUUCCCACCCCAAGUGAGCUUUGAUUUAAGCAGGUAAAAUUACAGUCAGCUUCACUGGAGGCAGUGAGCUCCUCAUCUGCUCAGAGGUGCUUAAAAGUUUUGCUAUGAGCUUUUUUACUGUGGUUAUCUGUGAAGGGACAGAGCUGCUUCCCACACUCCAGAAAACUUCAUUUAUAAGAGAUAGCACCCAAACCUGUGCUCAGCUUUGUGAUCCCAUUGCAACCCUGUCAUUGUGCCCACCUUCACCUUUUUGUUUGUGUUUUAAGCAUCUCUGUAAUCAGCUGCCAGAUCCGCAGGCAGAGGGAAGGCCCCGAGGCCAAAGCAGAGCUGUGUUAGAUUCCCAUAUGAUUUUUAAAAGAUUGUCUCCCAAUUACUCAUAAAUUGAAUUGACAUCCCAGACCUCACUACAUCACAUCUCACUUUUGGCUGAGUUGCCAAAAGAACUUAGGCUGAUGUUUUAGUAAGUCUGGUUAUUUUAGGAAGUUAAAUCCACAUCAUGUAUUUUGCUGAUUUUACUGAAAGAGUUUUCCAAAUAAUUAAUAGACCUGGACUUUCUCAGGCAUGCACUGCAGUGGCCUUUGGUGUUAUUGCAACCCCAGAACAGGGUUACUGAGAUAUCAGCAGAACACCCACAGGGUGAAAGGUGGUUUGGAAGAGGCCUGAGAGGUCAGAGGGAGCAAUGUGGAAGGAAUAGUCCUGGGGCAGUUUCCACUGCAUUCCCACUGGCUUUGCUGGGGUCUUUCAGGCCAGGGGCAAAGCCCAGUCCCAAGUGUAAAGCAGAUCUUCAAGUGCCUCAGAUACGCCUGUCAUUUCAUUCUAUGCCACACGCGGUUUCCAUUGUGGGGUUGUCACAGCAUCCGUCUGAAUCAGUUGAUUCAUUUGAGUUUCUGUGCUCUAACCUAACAUUUAUCAAUAUGCAGCUCAUGCAAAGUUCCUCAUUGUUUUUUCAUUGGGGAACAGCGUGGCACAAAUUGGAAAAAAUAUCUUCCCUUCCUGUGCUGUUUGAUGUUGUACAGCUGUUCCAGAGUUUUCCCUUUUCUGUAUGUUUUUGCCUUUGUGUUAUUUGGUCUGUGAAGUGUCAGUAUUAUUUUAUUUUGCUUUUCAAUAAAACAUUUUCAUUUUUGCAUUUCA